UCCGCACCCAAGCCUUGCUAAGCCUUGCUGUUAGGGCGGCAUGAUCCUUCCUCCACUGCAGUUCUGGCGCAAAAUGGACCUUGGCAGGAAUCUCGAAUCUCGCGAUUUUUUGAGAUUCAUCAAGCUUCAACAAGCCGGUACACUCCAGACCACACGGAGUCACAAACACGAUGCCGCCUCGAAUACCCCUGCGGCUACCGCAGAUCAAGCCGUUCACUUCUCUCGAUUCCCCUUCGAUCUCUGCAACAUCAUCAAUUCCAUCCUUCCUCCUACCAUUCCUCCACAUUCAGACCAGAAAUGCCUCCAUCCUAAGCUCGCUGUCCGACCGACCGGGCGCAUACAAUCGCCGCGUUCGACGAGGACGAGGUCCUGCAUCUGGAAACGGUGGUAAAUCAGGUCGUGGUUCCGACGGUCAAAAACAACAUGGGAAAGUCCCCGCAGGUUUCAAUGGAGGUCAAACGCCAGAGCACAUCGUGCACGGCAAAUUUGGAUUCAAGAAUCUACACGCGACUGAAAUGGUCCCCGUCAACCUAAACAGGAUACAAGAAUGGAUCGAUCAGAAACGGCUGGACCCAAGUCGACCGAUCACACUACUCGAGCUCUACAGGUCGAAAGUAAUCGGCCAAUGUAAAGACGGCAUCAAGCUGCUUGCUGACGGAGCCGCUGAACUCAAGACACCCAUCCACAUCGUCGUCUCGAAAGCGUCACAAGCCGCCAUCGCGGCCAUUGAAGCACUCGGUGGUACCGUCACCACCAGAUUCUACACACAACAGGCUAUCCGCCGGGUGAAGAUGCAGCAGAUGCACCCUUUCAUCUCGCUACGUUGGGAUCCCGUAGCACUCAACAAGCCAGCCCUCGCCGUAGCCGGCGGAGAGUCGCUGAAGGAACGUGUCACGGCCAUGGGAUAUACAUAUCGUCUGCCGGACCCGACUUCUAGAAAGGAUAUCGAGUAUUACCGUGACGCCAAGAACCGAGGCUAUCUGAGCCAUACGGUCAAGGAGGGCGAAGGACCGAGCUUGUACUUCAAGCCGCCGGUGAGCGAGGAGGACUUGAAGCAAUUGAGGAGGCAGAGUGCGCAGAAGGGACGCAAUGCAAAGGUUAGAGAGGAGAAUAAGCUGUGGUAGAUCGUUUCCGCGCGGUAGCAGGGCGUUGAAGUGGAAUGUACAAUAUCGCUGGAAUUGAGUUCCCAGAUCUUAGC